UAUAAAGUCGUUCAUAAAGUAUUUUCUUUAUUUAUCUAAGCAAACACUUAAAUGGUACGAUAAAGAUUUAACCAUUAAUUCUUUAUAACGAAUGUAAUAACAAAGGUGCUUCUAAAAAUAAAAUUUUGGAUUAGUGCUUUAAAAAAAGUAAAAGCUUCUUAGGGGAUUGUUUAAAAUCUUCUGAGCAGAUUGUUUAAAAGCACUAUAUGUAAUAUUUUAGAAACCCUUCAAUUAUUUUUACAAGUAUUUGGUAUUUUGUUAUUAGUAGCUCAACAUUUAAAUUACAUGGAUUAUCCACAUAAUUAUGAAUUAUGCUAAAACACUACAGAUUAAGUUCUUUAUCUGUUUAGUUUAUUUCCACAGAGGCCAAUAUUAAAUUUAAAAUUCAAUAUUGGUCAUUUUAGGUGAAUCUAAAUAAGAAAAGAACUUAAUUUUUAAUGCUCUAGUGUACCAAUGGUUAUUCUUUAUUGAAACUUAUGAUUAUAUUUGCUUUAUUUUUUAUUUAUUAUUCUAAUCAUUUUGGUUUUCUUAGUUCAAUAUAAAAUAAUGUAAUAUUUACAAUGAUAAAAAAAAAAAAUUCAAAAACUACCUCAUAAAUAUUUAAUAACAUUUAAAUGUAAUUUAUUGA